GAUAGAUAAGACACCUUCCUCCAGGGGAGCUCUUGUUCACUGAGCUGCACACACACGAGGCAGGUUCUGCAAAGAAGGAAAUAGCAGCACUGAAAUCUCCAGAACAAAGGCUCAAAUUAAGGUGCCUCUUUGACCUGGUCCUCCCGCCUCGAUGGAUUACACCCUGGAGCCCAACGUGACAACAGUAACUGACGACUACUAUCCUGAUAUCUCGUCGAGCCCCUGCGACGGGGAACUUAUCCAAAGAGAUAACAAGUUGUUACUUGCCAUCCUCUACUGUGUCUUGUUUGUAUUCAGUCUUCUGGGGAACAGCCUGGUCAUCCUGGUCCUCGUCGCCUGCAAGAGGCUGAGGAGCAUCACAGACAUAUACCUCUUGAACCUGGCCCUGUCGGACCUGCUUUUUGUCUUCUCCUUCCCCUUCCAGACCCACUAUCAGCUGGACCAGUGGGUGUUUGGGACUGCAAUGUGCAAGCUGGUCUCCGGUUUUUAUUACAUCGGCUUCUUCAGCAGCAUGUUCUUCAUCACCCUCAUGAGUGUGGACAGGUACCUGGCAGUUGUCCACGCUGUGUAUGCCAUGACGGUGAGGACGGCCAGAAUGGGCACAGCCCUGAGUCUGGUCAUGUGGCUGAUCGCCAUCGUGGUCACCAGCCCGCUACUGGGAUUGUACCAAGUGGCCUCCGAAGACGGCGUUCUACAGUGCUACUCGUCUUACGGUCAGCAGACUCUGAAGUGGAAGAUCUUCAUCUACUUGGAGAUUAACAUCUUAGGUCUGCUGGUCCCAUUCACCAUCCUUAUCUUCUGCUACGUGAGCAUCGUGCACCAACUGAAGCGUUGCCAGAACCACAGCAAGACCAAGGCCAUCAAGCUGGUGCUCAUUGUCGUGGUCACUUCCUUGCUCUUCUGGGUCCCGUUCAACGUGGUCCUCUUCCUCACGUCCCUGUUCAACAUGAAGAUCUUGGACGGAUGUGUCCUGAGCCAGCGGCUCAUUUAUGCUACCCAUGUCACAGAAACCAUCUCCUUCACUCACUGCUGCGUGAACCCUGUGAUCUAUGCGUUCAUGGGCGAGAGGUUCAAGAAACACCUCUCAGAAAUAUUCCAGAAGAGCUGCGGCCACAUCCUCCUCUACGCAGGAAGACAAAUCCCCAGGGAGGGCUGGGACAGGUCCUCCUCCUCUUGCCAGAACCCCCUCCGAUCCUCCAGCAUAGACUACAUUUUGUGAGGAGGGGGCCCGGAAGCAGGCCUCUGCCUUCCUCCCUGCUCUGCCUUUAGGGGACACAAGUGAUUUCAAGCUAGAGUCUGAGGCUACGUGAAGGGAGACUCUGAGAACCGGGGUUACGGGGACGCCUGGGCGGCGCAGUAGGUUGAGUGUCUGGCUUCGACUCAGGUCGUGAUCUCACGGUUUGUGAGUUCGAGCCCCGAGUCGGGCUCUGUGCUGACAGCUCGGAGCCUGGAGCCUGCUUCGGAUUCUGUGUCUCCCUCUCUCUCUGCCCCUCCCCCACUCACACUCUGUCUCUUUCUCAAAAAUAAAUAAACAUUAAAAAAAAAUUUUUUUAAGUAUAAUGUUAACUUUGGGAUUUUUUUCUUAGUUGUUGUUGAGUCUGUAUCAUAUAUCCAUUUAAGUUUUAUCAAAUGCUUUUUCUUAUCUAUUAAGGUGAACCUAUAGUUUUCCUCUAUUAUUCUGCUAAUUUGGUGAACUACAUUGUUUGAUUUGCUUAUCUUAAAUCAACCUGCAUUUUACCUGGGAAAAAUGACCUCUUGGUCAUGAUCCUUUUAAUAAAUAAUUGGAUUCUCAGGAUUUUUGUAUCUGUGUUCAUAAGAAAUAUUGCCCUAUAAUGUUCCUUAUAAAAUGUCCUGGUCGUGGGGUGCCUGGGUGGCUCGGUUGGUUGAGCCUCCAACUCUUGUUUUCAGCUCAGAUCAUUAUCUCACAGUUUGUGAGAUCGAGCCCUGAGUCGGGCUCUGUGCUGAGUGUGGAGCCUGCUUGGGAUUCUCUCUCUCCCUCUCUGGCUACCCCUCCCCUGCCGUGUGCAUGCAUUCUCUCAAAAUAAAAUAAAAUAAAAU